GUUUGAUUCAUUUAGUAUUCCACAGUAAGGAUGACAGUGGCAAAUUGAAUGAAACUGAGUAACAGCACUGAUUGGCUUUGCUUGCAUUCUUGCUGACAAAGUCUGCAGAAGUGCGUGUGAGGUACAGUAUGAGUCCAUGUGCUGCAAAGGUCCAAGGAUGUCUGCUGCAUUAAAUCCACAAAAGGUAACAUCAAGGCAGUAGUUUUUGGACUUUGUGUUCCACAUCCCUGCCCACGGUUCUCUAUAUAGUGGUCGGGCACAGCAGAACGGAAUCAGACUCACUGCAGAAGGCUCACACACAGGAUCACAGAUAUGGUCAUGAAGUUGUUUGUGGCGCUUGCUCUUGUGGCUUUUACUGGCUGCCAAGCCAAUGUUCUGAGGUCAGACGAACCCAAGCCACAACUGGAUCUGGUGAAAGAUGCAUUCUGGGACUACUUUGUCAAGGCAACAAAAAUAGUUCUAGAUACUCUGAAAACCAUUGGAAACUCUGCGUCUGGACAGCAAGUGAAUGAAAAGAUCACAGAAAGUGUGGAAGUGGCAAGCCAAUACAGAGCCAUAGUGCAGGAUCAAGUUGUCGUCUUUAGCCAGGAGUUACAUAAAAAGCUUUCUGAACAUGUGGAACAGCUGUCAGAGAGCCUGCAGCCGGAUAUAAAUGAAGUGAGGGUCCAGCUGGAGCCCUUAGCAGAGAAGCUGAGUGCCAACAUUCAGCAGCAGAUGCAGAAGGUGAGGCAGGUGCUGGACCCCUACACAGAGCCCCUGGACACUAGGAACCUGAAGCGUGCCCUGCAACGCAUGCAUGGGAAGCUGAUACGCACCCUAUUUAUGAGUGUGGAUCAGCUGCUGUCCCACCUGCACUCCCAGCUGGGCCCCUCCACUAAGGAGCUGAAGAAGAAAGUGGAGGAGCGCGUGCGGGAGAUUGAUCGCAGUGUGAGUCCCCUGAUCAAUCUUUUCCUAAGAGAGGUGAUGGGCAAUGCCCGGAUUCUUGAGAAGGCCCUGGCACCCUACAUAGUGGACCUGAAGGUGAGGCUGGACCUUUUUGCACAGGACCUCAAAUCCCAGCUCACUGCUCUCUGGGAGUCUUCUGCCAAAAGUGCCUAAGUGCAGGAGGGACGAAUCCCUGCUCCCCUUAUCGAUUCUAACUGCCUGAGUCUCUCUGGGACUCCAGUAACGCACCCCAUGAUCAUCUCUGCUUUACACUCUCUUGCAAUGAAUGUCAGUUCAUGAGUUGCUCCAUUUUUUAAAAAAUUACUUUUGCUGCAUUAUUAACCACAUUGAAGACCCACAGCAGUUAUGAUGUGUACAGCUGUCAUUCUUUUGUUCAGCAAGAGCUAAGAGAAUACUCUGAUACGGAAACAAAACUGCACUUUACUUGUCUCCUGAGAUAUGUAUAUAUUUUGUUUUGUUAUGUACUGUAAAAAUUGAUAGAUGCUAUGUUUUCAGUGUUCAAAUUUAUUGAAAUAAAGACAAGAAAACAAAUCCAA